UAACAUCUCGCGUGAACUUGCGAGGUUCGACAACUAAGAAAACAAGACGCAAUGGCGGUCAUGUUCUUACCUGGUUGACAGCCCUGUUCACUGCGCCCUAGUUCCGGUCAUGUUGACGGUCUGUGGUCCAAAAAGGGAACACCGAGACGAACCUUGGACCCGUCCGGGUCCCUCCCUCACAACCAGCCGUCCUUUUCCCUCCCCUCUCUCUCUCUCUCUUCGCCCUCCUACUCCUCCUCCUCCUUCCCGGCGUGUUCCCACAGGCCUUCCCGGGCACUCCCACUCCCCCGCCCCGGGCCGGGUGGCCUGAAGCCGCUAUCUGGACACAUUCCUCGGAUACCGACACAAGCCGAGCCGCCUCAUCACCUCUCUCAUCAGGCCUGUUCCUCAUCCAGGGGGCGGAGCUGCGAGCAGGAUGCGGAGAGGCGGUGCUUUUUGUCAGCGCGAUGGAGGCGGGGCAGGACGCUUUGGCGAAACAGAUCCUUCCUUGGCUUCACCUUAGCAGGAAGUGGUCUUUUGUUUUUGUUUUUUUGCACCUGUAUCCGUCUUUGUAAUGGUGUGUUUGGAACAGUUUAUGGUCUUACCAAGUCCAUCGAGGAUCCCAGAGAGUACUUUCGGCUCACCCUACGCUCCAUUUGCAUACCUGAGAGAACAGCGGGAAUUUCAAUUGCAUGAAAAGUCGAUGAACUGCUCUGAUUUAAAGCUCAACACAAAGGUCAAAGUGCAAUAAUGCCUUGGUUAGCAUCAUAGAACCCUUCCAGAAGGUUCCUAAAUCCAAAUGACACUACUUUGGUUCAAUUCAGAGCAUGUUGGGGGGCUGGGUGACCUUUGGUUGACCUAUGCAAUAACACUGGAAUAAUUUUGAAAUAACUCAAAAACCAAAGCAGAAAAAAAAUCAUUUUAACUGCAAAAAACAGCACAAACUGAGCACAAAAAAUAACAUUCUAACCCUAGCCCUCUCACCCUAACCUUCUAACCCUGGCCCUCUCACUCUAACCUCCUAACCCCAACUCUCACCCUAACCCCUACCCUAGCCGUCUUACGCUAACCUUCUAACACUAGCCCUCACAUUAAUCUUUUAACCUUAUUCCUCAAAUUAACCUUCUAACCCUACCCCUCCUACUCUAACCUUCUAACGCUAACCCUCUCACUCUAACCUUCUAACGCUAACCCUCUCACUCUAACCUUCUAACGCUAACCCUCUCACUCUAACAUUCUAACCCUAGCCCUCUCACCCUAACCUUCUAACCCUAGCCCUCUCACCCUAACCUUCUAACCCUAGCCCUCUCACCCUAACCUUCUAACCCUAGCCCUCUCACCCUAACCUUCUAACCCUAGCCCUCUCACUCUAACCUUCUAACCCUAACUCGCACCCUAACCUUCUUACCCUAGCCCUCUCACUCUAACCUUCUAACCCUAGCCCUCUCACUCUAACCUUCUAACCCUAGCCCUCUCACCCUAACCUUCUAACCCUAGCCCUCUCACCCUAACCUUCUAACUCUAGCCCUCUCACUCUAACCUUCUAACCCUAACUUGCACCCUAACCUUCUAACCCUAGCCGUCUUACGCUAACCUUCCAACCCUAGCCCUCUCACUCUAACCUUCUAACGCUAACCCUCUCAUCCUAACCUUCUAACCCUAGCCCUCUCACUCUAACCUUCUAACCCUAGCCCUCUCACUCUAACCUCCUAACCCUAGCCCUCUCAUUCUAACCUCCUAACCCUAGCCCUCUCACUCUAAUCUUCUAACCCUGGCCCUCUCACCCUAACCUUCUAACCCUGGCCCUCUCACUCUAACCUUCUAACCUUCUAACCUUAGCCCUCUCACUCUAACCUUCUAACCCUAGUCACCCUAACCUCCUAACCCUCACCCUUACCCUCUAACCCUAGCCCUCUCACCCUAACCUAAAAGUAUUGUGUGAGUCAUCCAUGAUAUAGAGUAUGCAUUUUUCUCUGCUCCAUUGUGUAACAUAAAUCAUGAAGGUGUCACAGUAAGUAACCCCUGCAGAGAAUUGCUUGCAUGCAAAACUAUACAAGUGCACGUAACAACAAUACUUUUGCUUGUUUAAGGCUGAACGUUACCAGAAUGGGGGUCCAGUUUCUGCCGAUGUCUUAAAAGCUGACAGAGGAUGGUUUCUCUGUGUGCGGCGUCCUCUAUCCCCGCUUCCUUCAGCUCGUUGUCAUCCACAUUCAACAAACCCUGCGGCGAAGCCUCAGACCUGCAGGGACAGCCAAUCGGGUGGCACCGUGGUAGACCAUGACAGCCAACUGGAGCACAGGAGUUAGCGUGAGCCCCCGGGAGGUGGAGAGGGGAAGCAGGUCCGGGCAGGAUCCCGGCAUGUGGUAGAGCAGAGGCCAGGAAGACGAGAAGUACCAGUACUCUAAGAGCAACACCAGAAAAGUGGAGCCAAAUAUCCAUGAUGGAAUUGACAACUUGUUGCUGUAUUUACAGUAUGACUUCAUACCUGUACAUGUGCAGUCAGGAUGCUGCAGAUUCCCACCCCUUUUCCAACAUGGUAUUCCCCUCAAGGAGGUCGGUACUCCGUGUCUGUUUGUUUGUGAGAGUGAACCAUGAUGUAAGGAACCACAGUGACCUCUAAAGGCGCCGACAAUCUUCAGUGUUCAAGAACUGGUACCUUGCUUUUUUUUACAUUUGCUUUGUGUGUAAUUUUAAUUUCCAGAUACUUUGGUAACCUUUUGGCAUGUGGCUGUUCUUGGUGAUCGUGAUCCUUACGCCUCCACAAGGUCACCAGAGUCCAAAAGCCUGGAAAAGCCACACACGAUUUGACCUUACUCAGCCGGCCGGGCUCACCAUAGCAACGGCUGUGCCCGUGUCUACCCAACUGCAUGUGUAAGGAAAAAGGAAGUUGCUCGAAGCCGUCGACAGCACGAAAAAACAACACCCACCACGGAAGAGAGGCGGAACGGUAGAGUGUGACAAUGAAGUCAUGAAGAGACGACAAAAGCGGGCUGAAGACUGAAGAACCAUCCAAAGCAAAGAAAGAUGGAGCUGUGGCGUCAGUGUGCAAAAUGGCUGAUCGAGUGCCGGGUCCUACCCGAGACCCACCGAGUCACAUGGGAAGGAGCGCAGGUGUGUGAACUGGCUCAAGCGCUGAGAGACGGCGUGCUGCUGUGCCAGUUGCUAAACAACCUGCUGCCGCAGGCCGUCAACCUGAGAGAGAUCAACCUGCGUCCCCAGAUGUCCCAGUUCCUGUGCCUGAAGAACAUUCGGACCUUCCUGGGUGUCUGCCAGGAGAAGUUCCACCUGAAGAAGAGUGAUCUCUUUGAGGCCUUUGACCUGUUUGACGUUCGCGACUUUGCCAAGGUCCUCAGCACCUUGUCCAUCCUCUCUCACUCCUCAAUUUCUACUCAAAGAGGACUCCAGCCUUUCCCUUUAGGAGGAAACAUUCCGGAUGAGGAGAUCUACAACGGCUUGUCGGACAAGAUAGAUGACACAUUGGAUGACGAUGAGGAUCUGUACGACUGUGUGGAUGAAGAGGACGACGAAGGGGAUGAAAUCUAUGAAGACUUGAUGAGAAUGUUGGAACAACCUGAACCUAAGCCUGGUGUGGACAAACGAGAGUGCUGCCUGCAGGAGAUCAAACAGACAGAAGGAAAGUACUCGGAUACCUUGGAAUCUAUUUUACAGCACUUUAAGAAGCCUCUGGAAAGGUUUCUCCAAGCUCCAGACAUUGAGAUCAUCUUCAUCAACAUCCAUGAUUUGGCCAAAACACACCGGGAAUUUCUGGAGGAGAUCCAGAGUUCCAUGCUAAAUGGAGCCAAGAACCUCCACCAGGUGUUUGUCAACUAUAAGGAGAGGUUCCUUCUGUACGGCCGUUACUGUAGUCAAGUGGAAACGGCAAGCAAACAUCUGGACAAGCUGUGGAGUACGAGGGAGGACAUCAGGAUGAAGCUGGAGGAGUGUUCCAAGAGAGCGAACAGCGGGAGAUUCUCCCUCAGGGAUCUACUCAUGGUCCCCAUGCAGAGGGUCCUCAAGUACCCGCUGCUCUUACAGGAGCUGCUCAAACAUACCACCGAUCCUUCAGACAAGGACAACCUGAGAGCGGCUCUUGACGCCAUGAGAGAUCUGGCGCAGUGCGUUAAUGAGGUGAAGCGAGACAACGAGAUCCUCAGACAGAUCACCACCUUCCAGCUGUCCAUGGAGAACAUGACACAGUCCUUGGCCCUGUUUGGGCGACCCAAGAUGGAUGGAGAGCUGAAGAUCUGCAGCUCUGAGAAAAGGUCCAAGCAGGAAAGGUACGCCUUCCUCUUCGACAAGGCCGUCUUUGUGUGCAAGAAGAAGAGCGGCGAGACCUUUGAGCUGAAGGAGAUCAUCGAACUUCAGCGCUACCAAAUACGGGACGAGACGGGCGGGGAGAAGGACAAGAAGAAGUGGUCCUCCUUGUUCCUUCUGCUGGAUCCCCACGGCAGGAUCGGCUACGACUUGUUCUUCAAAACUCCAGAACUGAAGAAGAAGUGGCUGGAGCAGUUUGAGAUGGCUUUGUCCAACUUGUGCCCAGAGAACGCCACGGCCAACAGCCACGACUUCCAGAUGCACAGCUUUGAGGAGACGGCGUGUUGCAAGGCGUGCUCCAUGAUGCUGAGAGGGACUUUCUUCCAGGGCUACCGCUGCACUCGCUGCAAGGCGGCGGCGCAUAAAGAGUGUUUGGCCAGAGUCCCGGCCUGUGGGCGCACUUCAGAGCAUGGAAGCACUGCAAGGAAGAGCAGGACGCACAGGUCCUCUGGGAACGCAGGCUUGGGGUUUCCCAAGAUGGAGGCGUGUCAGGAGUACUUCGGCUUGCCGCCGCCCCCUGCAGGGUUCGGUCGACCGCUUCACUUCAACAAAGGUGACGUCGUGGAGCUGACGCGGGCAGAAGUGGAUCUGUCGUGGUGGGAGGGAAGGAACCUGGCUGGAGGUCAGACGGGAUGGUUCCCCUGCAGCAAAGUUCAGCCCUAUUUGAGUAGGCCCACCCCUGACCUGUCCGCCUACAGCUGGUUUGCAGGGAACAUGGACAGAUCGGCCGCAAAGACUCUACUCAUGUCCCGCUCAGACGGAACCUACCUGGUCCGACAGAAGGAUGCAGGAGAGUUUGCAAUCAGCAUCAAGUUCAACAUGGACAUCAAACAUAUUAAAAUCACCUCCAGUGACGGCCUGUUCCGCAUCAACGACAAGAAAGCAUUCAAGAGUUUAGUGGAGAUGAUCGAGUUCUACCAGCACAACUCUCUGAAGGAGUGCGUGAAGGACGUGGACAUGGCGCUGCACACGCCUCACAAGCAGGCUGAACAGAGCAACUGGCCUCAUCACACGCCCAACGACACCGCCAAAGGAGGCAUCACACGCUGCUUCAGAGUGGCCAAGGCCAGAUAUGACUUCUCAGCUCGCGACCGCUCAGAGCUGUCGCUUCAUGAGGGAGACACCAUCAAGAUCCUAUCCAAGAAAGGUCACAGCGGCUGGUGGAAAGGGGAGGUGUACGGCAGGGUGGGAUUCUUCCCUGCCAACUAUGUAGAAGAGGACUUCUCCGAGUACAGCUGACCAAGUGGACCAUUGUAGAGCCACCAUGAGAAGCUGGCCAUCUCAUGAUGUGAAUAAAGAAUUGUGUUUGUGUGAC